GCGCAUGCUACAGGAAGUCUGCGUGCUGUACACAGGACAGUUUGCAUGCGCAGAUCUUGGGACACAGUACUGCAGGUGAUCUGUACUCUUCGCAUCACCGAUAUUCUGAACAACUUUCAUUUGGUAUUGAAUCUGACCACCAGCAGUUGGCACAAUAAUAAUGAUUGGGUUAAAGUGCUACUUCUCUCUUCCUGUGGCAGCGGGGGCUUUAUUUGUGGUACUCCCUUACAGUAUAUCUCUGGUUGCCCAAUGGCUUUAUGGCUGGCCCAAUAAACCUGGGUACCAAAAAUACAUAGAGGCUCUCAAACCAAGGCGCAUAUACUGUUUGACAAGAGCCGUGCUUGAGAUGCUGAAGUAUCUGCAGUAUGGGAAACUGUAUUUUCAGUGGAAAUUGUGGUACAAAAAUGACAAAAAUAACAAGCACUAUGUGAAAGGCAUCACCUUUGGUCGCAGAGGUAACAAACUAGAUUUAUACUAUUCACCAAAUGUGGGCCGUUCUGAUGCUGGUCCUGUACCGGUGGUUAUAUUUGUGUACGGAGGUGCCUGGGGCUCAGGAGACAGAUCCAUUUAUUGUCUUUUAGCUCUACAAAUGGCUAAAGAGCUUAAUGCCUCUGUAAUUUGUCCAGAUUAUUCUAUAUAUCCAAAGGGAAAUGUUUUAAAUAUGGUUCAAGAUAUUAGUGACAGUUUGCUGUGGGUGAGAGAAAGGGGCCAAACUUUCAAUCUUGACAAAGACAACAUAGUUUUAAUGGGUCAUUCUGCAGGGGCUCAUCUGUGUGCCCUUACAACACUGUUUUUAUUAAAUGGUGAAAAAGAGCUGUUCAUUGAGAAUCACAAACAGAGAGAACUUACAUCUGCCAUUAAAGGACUCAUCGGUCUAAGUGGAGUGUACAAUAUAAUGGAUCAUUAUAAACACGAGAAAAUGCGGGGUGUUGAGUACGUGUCAACUAUGCACAAAGCUAUGGAUGGGAUGGAGAACUUUGAGUAUUACUCACCGACAUCAUUACUCGAGAAAUUGAAUGAGGAUCAGUUGAAACGAGUUCCUCCAGUGACAUUACUUCAUGGAAGCAGUGACAUCAUAGUUCCAGUGGAGUCAUCAGUGAGAUUUUCUGAGCUCCUCACAUCUCUUUCUGUUAGGAUGUCUUGUUAUCUAAUACCUAAAAUGAACCAUACCGAGAUGGUCACUGACCUUAUGGCACCAGACAGGCACUUUUACCACACUGUUUAUGGCUGUAUUAAACAGGAAUACAGUAAAUUUUAGAGUUAUGUGUCAUUAAGUCAUGAAAUUACUAAUAGUUAAAGCAACACUAUGUAGUUUUUUACCUUUAAAUAAUGUCUCUAAAAUUAUUUCAGUGAUAGAACAACUUUCAACUGGACAAAUUGUUCUGUUGCUGCAACCUGAGCAGCCUCCUAGCUGCUACAAGCACACUCUAAAAGUGACAGCUGAGGGUAGAUCACACGGCCCUGCCCCUCCCUCUGCCUGCAGAAAAGUGUCUGAUACCAGGCACUGUUGCGCUUUUCAACCACAUGGGGGAGCUGUAAGUCAUUUUUACAUGGAAACUACAUAGUGUUGCUUUAGUGUUAUUUUAAAGUUUACAUUUAAAUGUUUAAUUUUCUGUUCACUAAUGUCACGGUAUGCCUCAUUUACAACGUAUGUUUAAUAUGUUGGUGAAAACAUGUUAGUUAUGUGCUUGUUGUCUGUCUAAUAAAUUCUACUUAAAAAUCA